GCAUCUGUAAAGAGUCUGUCCGGCUCUGCGGAUAGAAAGGUAAUGGCAUGGCUCCCCAAUGAACUCUGCUAAAUUUGAACCGUGCGGCGAGCUCACCGUCAAUCCGCGUCCAUCCACGCUUGAAGCAUGGACCCCCAGGCCUGCAGGUCAACCCGGGGGCACAUGCUCUGUCAAUAAUCCUUUCCCAGGGCCGUAUUGUUCAAGUUUGCUUCUGUUUUUGUUUUGCACAUUUCAAGGGAUUUACAGAUUGAGCUAAAACACUGUCAGUUCUCACCCCAGUCAUUCAAUUAAAAGGGGUAGGACAUCCCAUUCCCGUUGGAGCUUGAGGAUAUGAACGACUUUCAAAGUGAAUUGAACUAGCUGUUAGCUAUCUAGCUAAUGAAACUGGCGAGGAUAUAGCUUACGAGGUACAGAAAGGCGAGCCCCAUUCUCUCUCCAGUCUUCAUAACUUCAAUUAAUUCCUGGAUAUGAAGGAGAAACACUGAACAGCAGCACUGAAUCAAAGAACGUGACUGUGGAAGAGACCACCACAUUGGCACUCAGCCGGGCCCUGCUCCUGUAGGCGGGAGAAGCAGAAUCUCACCAGUAUUUGUCUACAGAUCUGCGGCUCUCCAUGCGGAACCAGAUGAGAUGAACAAAGUGCCACAGCAAAUAGCAACACCCCCUUCCGCCCCCCACCCUGCCCCUUCCCCUGGACUUCUACAGACCGCCUUUCCUCCUGGUCAGCCCACUGGUGUUGUCUUUGCGACCCCAUCGGCACAAAUGAACGCAGCCCCACAACCUCGCCAGGGAGGAUUCAGACCGCUGCAGCAGUACUACCAGAACCGGCCCGGUUUGCCCGGUGCCUCCCCCCGGGUUCAGACCAGCAGCGCACCGCGGCCUGUAGGGCCGACCCACGUCUUCCAGCCUGGGACACAGAUGAUGAUGAUCCCCCAGCAGCAGCUAUCGUUUGGAAAUUCACAGAACCCCGCCUACCUCUUCCCGCCUGCACAGUACCGGUCCACCUAUGUAGCCACGGCCCAACAGUACCAGUUGCCCAGCGGAACCCCUGGCUUCUACCCUGGAUCAAGCCCGGCAGAAUACGGAGCCUACUACUCAGCCCAAGGGCAGUACUCCCCCGCCGUGCCAGCUGCGCCCGUCAUCAUGAACGCCGCCCAGCCCCAGCCGACGCCCCCGCAGCAGCAGAUGCAGCCCAAAAGGGAACGAAAGCAGAUUAGAAUACGAGACCCCAACCAGGGUGGCCGGGACAUCACAGAGGAGAUCAUGUCGGGUGUCAGAACUGGUUCAACACCCACCCCCCCACAGUCUGCGGUCUCUGCGUCAGAGGGAGGCAGCCACGCACAGGUGAAUGGGGAGAGUGCCCUGCCCGCCCCCACAAUGGUCAGACCAGAUGAUGGAGAGAAGUCCUUGGCCCCAGCUGGCGGAACCCCCACCCCACCACCCUCUAGGAGUCCUGCGCCGGUCUCCACAGCGCCCCCUGCAGAUGAGAGUCAACCUGACACAGACAGCAAGGUCUCCACCCAUGAUGAGGUGCCCGUUCCCCCAGGAGAGACUCCUGGUGACACUCCCACCAUACCCUCUGUGAGCCCAGCUUCUGACAGGGUGGACACCCACACGCCACCUCCUGCUAGCGUGUCUCCUCCUGCUGCCAUUGGUGACCAUGCAGUAACCAUAGCAACAACGGAACAGCCACCCGCCCCUGAGGUGGACAGACUGCAGCAGGAAGAAGAGGAGAAGGAGAGGGCAGUAAGGGAGAAGGCGAAGGAACAGGAGAGCGUGGACCUAGCAGUCGUCGAAGCUGAUCCAGGCUCCACCCCCAUUCCCGUAGCCAUGCCCACCAACCCACCGUGCAAAGCUGCAAAUGGUGUCAGUGCAGAGCUGCCGGAGUCCUCCACCAUGCCAGAGGGCGCUGCGGAGCCACAAACAGCCCCGCUUCCGGAGCUGCAACUACCCAACGGUCAUCCUCCCCUGGCACAGCAGGACCCGGAGGGGGCGUCAGAGGACAGCCCCGUCGCCGAAACCGAGGUCGCCCAGCCACAGGACACCCCUGCCAUGCCAACACCAGACGUCACCCCUGACACUACACCGCAUGUGCCUAUAGAGGAGCAGAGGGGCACGCCCCCACUCCCGACCAGUGCCCCUGCUGGGGAGACCUCUAUGCAAGCCGCAGUGUCCGUGCCAAAGAAGAGGAAGAAGCUGAAGGACCUGAACAGGAAGGAGGCUGUGGGAGAUCUCCUGGAUGCCUUUAAAGAGGAGCAGGUGGUGGAAAGUGCCCCCGAGUCAAAGCUGGUCCAGGCAGAGAAAGAGGAGCCGUCCCCCGCCCUGGCCUCUGAUGGACCCCACCCUGCCACGCCCGCGGAGGAGACCCCCGCUGCCAAGCCUACAGAGGAGCCAGAUGAGACCUGGGAGGAGAAGGAGGACAAGCUGGAUGCCGGGAGCGUCGAGCCUGAGGCCGUCAAGCCUACGGACCUGAAAUACCAGUACAAAGAAGAAGAGUGGAAGCCCCUCAAUCCCGAGGCGAAGAAGACGUACGACCGCGAGUUCCUGCUGGGCUUCCAGUUCAUCAGCAUCAGCAUGCACAAACCCGAGGGCCUGCCGACCAUCAGCGACGUGGUCCUGGACAAGGCCAACAAGCUGCCACUGCGCCCCCCGGACCCCGGUCGUAUGACUGGCAUGAACUGCGGUCCUGACUUCACCCCCUCUUUCGCCAACCUGGGAAGGCAGUCCUCGAGCAGCAGAGGCCCACCCUCUGGAAUGAGCGGCCCCCGGCGCUCACAGCAGGGCCCGCGCAAGGAGCCGCGGAAGAUCAUCGCCAGCGUGUCCCUCAACGAGGACAUCAAGCUCAACAAGGCGGAGAAGGCGUGGAAGCCGGCGUUGAAGAAGCAGGCGGGGGCGGAGGAGCGGGGGGAGGAGGACCCCGAGGUUGCCCGCACGCAGGAGCUGUUCCGCCGGGUGCGCAGCAUCCUCAACAAGCUGACGCCGCAGAUGUUCCAGCAGCUGAUGAAGCAGGUGACCGAGCUCACCGUCGACACCGAGGAGCGGCUCAAGGGCGUCAUCGACCUCAUCUUCGAGAAGGCCAUCUCCGAGCCCAACUUCUCCGUCGCCUACGCCAACAUGUGCCGCUGCCUGAUGGGGUUGAAAGUCCCUACCGCCGACAAGCAGGGAGUCACUGUGAACUUCCGCAAGCUGCUGCUCAACCGCUGCCAGAAGGAGUUUGAGAAGGACAAAGACAACGACGAGAUAUUCGAGAAGAAGCAGAAGGAGCUGGAAGCAACCACUGUGGAGGAGGAGCGGCAGCGUCUGAAGGAGGAGCUGGAGGAGGCCAAGGACAAGGCCCGGCGGCGGUCGCUCGGCAACAUCAAGUUCAUCGGCGAGCUCUUCAAGCUGAAGAUGCUGACGGAGGCCAUCAUGCACGACUGCGUGGUCAAGCUGCUGAAGAACCACGACGAGGAGUCGCUGGAGUGCCUCUGCCGACUGCUGUCCACCAUCGGCAAGGACCUGGACUUCGAGAAGGCCAAGCCCCGUAUGGACCAGUAUUUCAACCAGAUGGAGAAGAUCAUCAAGGAGAGGAAGACCUCGUCCAGAAUCAGAUUCAUGCUGCAGGAUGUGCUGGACCUCAGACGGAACAACUGGGUCCCCAGGAGGGGCGACCAGGGGCCCAAGACCAUCGACCAGAUCCACAAGGAGGCGGAGCUGGAGGAGCACAGGGAGCAGAUCAAGGUGCAGCAGCAGCUCCUUUCCAAGAAGGACACCCGGAUGGGCGGGGGUGGAGGCGGGGGCGGGGGCCGAGCUGGGCCGCACCCCAUGGGGGGCCGCGGCAGCCAGCCGCAGGAGGAGGGCUGGAACACCGUCCCCAUCUCCAAGAACCGCCCCAUCGACCCCAGCCGACUCACCAAGAUCACCAAGCCUGGAGCUCUGGACCUCAGCAAUCAGCUUCUUGCCCCCGGAGGGAAAGGCUCCUGGGGUAGCUGGGGCAAGGGCAGCAGCGGGGGCUCAGGCUCCAAGCCCAGCGGGGAGUCAGCUCCAGAGACGGGACGUCCCACCACGAGCACCCUGAACCGCUUCUCCGCCUUGCAGCAGCCCUCCUCGUCCGCCCCUCUGCCCCGCCCUGCUGAAAGCGAGCGCAGGGUCCCUCAAAGGAGCAGCUCCAGUCGGGACCGAGGGGAGCGGGGCGACCGGUCCGAGCGUCCGGGCCGCGGAGGUGGCGACCACCCGGAGCGGCGGGAGGACAGGGGCUCGGACCGCCAGCGGCCGCCGGUCAGCAAGCGCAGCUACAGCCGGGAGACGGAGCAGCGCGGGGCCGGCGACAGCCUGCGCAGGGUCAGCAGCAUGACGGACGAGCGGGACCGGCACGGGCGCGAGGCGGCUGAGCGUGGGUCGGCCUCCAUGCCCCCGCCCGCCCCAGCCAAGCCCGCCAUGAGCGAGGACGAGCUCGAGAAGAAGUCCAAGGCCAUAAUCGAGGAGUUCCUGCAUAUCAAUGACAUGAAGGAGGCGCUGCAGUGCGUGCAGGAGACGAACUCGACGCAGUUGCUGUUUGUGUUCGUGCGGAAUGGCGUCGAGUCGACGCUGGAGAGGAGCACCAUCGCCCGCGAGCACAUGGGCCUCCUGCUGCACCAGCUGCUGAAGGCGGGCACCCUGCCCCCUCAGCAGUACUACAAGGGGCUGCAGGAGAUCCUGGAGGUGGCAGAAGACAUGGCCAUAGACAUCCCCCACAUCUGGCUCUACCUGGCUGAGAUCAUCACUCCCAUGCUGAAUGAGGGUGGCAUCCCCAUGGGCCAGCUCUUCAGGGAGGUCUCAAAGCCGCUUGUCCCACAGGGCAAGGCUGCUGUUCUGCUGGUGGAGAUCCUCUCCCUGCUAUGCAAAGGGAUGAGCCAUAAGAAGGCAGGACUGCUGUGGAGAGAGGCGGGCCUCAGCUGGAAGGACUUCUUGCCCGAGGAUGAGGAUGUCAACAAAUUUGUAACAGAGAAGAAAGUGGAAUUCACACUGGGAGAGGCCUCUGAGAAGCCCAGCAAAGUAGAGAUGUCCUCUGAGGAGCUGUGCAGACGCCUGGACAAGCUAAUGCAGGAAAACGUCAGCAACCAGAGUAUCUUUGACUGGGUUGAGGCAAACCUGGACAAGCAGCAGAUCAACUCCAACCUGCUGGUGCGGGCGCUGAUGACCUCAGUGUGUCGGUCAGCCAUCAUUGGUGAGAACCCUUACAAGGUGAAUCCUGCGCAGAUCAAGCUGAGGGCCAAACUGCUGCAGAAGUACCUGACAGAGGAGCAGAAGGAGCUGCAGGCUUUGUAUGCCCUGCAGGCCCUCAUGGUCAAGAUGGAGCAGCCAGCCAAUCUGCUGCGGAUGUUCUUCGACACGCUGUACGACGAGGACGUGAUUAAGGAGGAGGCCUUCUACAAGUGGGAGUCCAGCAAAGACCCCGCGGAGCAGCAGGGCAAGGGCGUGGCCCUCAAGUCCGUCACCGCCUUCUUCACCUGGCUCCGCGAGGCCGAGGAGGAGUCCGACAACAGCUAGGCCCGCCGCCGCCACCUGGAGCACUGGAGUGGAAAGGCGUGUGCAGAGCAGAGACAGCCGUGAUAAAUCUAUAUGAAAGGGUCUUCCGAGUGAUCAUACAAUCAUUUAUUUUUAUUUCCUCAUUUUUUUUGUCCUCUCGCCUAGCAAAUGACUAAAAACAUGAAAUGAAAGGCCAGGAUAUGAACUGGUGGCGCCAUCACUCCGGUGUUUCGUGGAUUGAUCUCCAGUUUUAAAGCGUAAAUCUACAGUGUUCCUGAUGUUCAACGAACAAAAAUAACCCGACAGUAUAAACUAAGGUUGCUUACCGUAUGAAUAUUUCAUGUAUUAUGUUGAAGGGACCUGAUGGAUAUCAUGUGUAAUAUGUGAUGAAAUAUGGAGCUCUGAAGUAGGUGGUUAUAUUUUUUGUCCUGAGAUUCAGAUCUUUCACCUUAAAGGAAGAAUGCAAAGGAUGUGAACAAGCUGGAGCUAUCUUUUUUGGACAUUUCUGAUUGCAAGCCUUUUUUGUGUGUUUUUGACUUCCUGUUGACCUCAGGGGUCCUUAGGGGUGGUGUUGGGGGGAGUGGACAUUGACCUUGGCUGCUGGGGGUUAUCAGCAUGUUUGUUUGCCCCCCUCCUCCCCUCCCCCAACCCCAUGUCUGCCUUUGACACCUACAGUUCAGAACCGGGGGUCCUGCAGAUGUUUUAGGACCCUCAAACAAGCCUGUAGUGGAUUUUAAAGAACAAUCAUUAAAACUUGAACUUAUAUAGAGAAAUCAGCUUUAAAAGAGAAGCCGUACACAUCCUAUAGCCUUUCUGCUUAUGUAAGCAGAAAAAAUUCACAAGAGUUCUGUAA